GCUUCAGGUGCCUGCCUGGCUGGGGGUGCCAUGGAGCCCGAGGCGGCAGUGAUGGCGGAGAAGGCAGCUCUGCGCACCCCCAAGUGCUCCCGCUGCCGGAACCAUGGCUUUGUGGUGCCAGUGAAGGGCCAUACGGGCCACUGCCGCUGGAAGCUCUGCCCCUGCGACAAGUGUGCGCUCAUCACAGAGCGCCAGAAGAUCAUGGCGGCUCAGAAGGCGAUGCAGGGGCAGGACCCGGAUGCCCCACCCAGGGAGAUGUCUCCGCCUGCGGCCUGCACCCCGGUUCAUGGUAAAGGUCGGAAGGUUCCUGCAGUUGGCCCCAACGCCUCUGAACACAGCAGCCACGUGGCCGGGUGUGAAGGAGCCAAGACCGCCCCAGCAGCCAGCAGCAGCAACAGAACCAGGACCCGCCGGGCACUACCUGCUCCCAGCUCCCCGCUCUUCGGGGACUUCGCCCGUCCUGCUUUGCCUCAAGAAUGUGUUGUCAGCCCGGAAUACCUGGAGAGAGAACCUCCCAAACUGUAUCCCGGGUACUCUGGUAUGUACUCAUACCACCCAUUCCCCAUGGGCUUUGCCAUCAAUCAGCCAAGCUGCAGGGGAGCUCCAGGGAUCCCCCUUCAAAGAGGUUUCAGACAUGUCCCUAGCAACCAUGGACCAGGGAGUGCUGCUCCUCUGUCAAUGCAAGAUGCAGGUGGAGAUUUCCAACAAGGUUACUACCCUACGCUUCCUCAGUUUAUACCUCCGGGCUUUCUGCCAGGGAUUCACUACAUUCCACCACCCCUUCCACUUCUGGCUGAAACACCCAAGGAAGCAUCUGCUGGCACCACUGAUAGCCGGGAUUCUGGGGUGAUUUGUGAAUGCAGCCAGCCAUCUCCUCAGGAGGAAACCAAUGGAGACCAUGCCACGUAUUCCAAACAUUAAAUGUAUGUACGUGUACUAGGGGACAGCUGCAGAGCAUGCAGCACUCUCUCUCAGAGAGAAUAUCAUUAGUUAAUUUUGGGCUAGAUUGACACUAGCCCUAAUGCAGCCACACAGGGCAGAAGAGGGGAGUAAGCCCCCUACGUCACUUCACAGUUGCAUUAGGGCUACUAGAAACACAGUUCUGGCUCCCUUACAGUGUACAGCCCCAGGGCUGCCAUUGCUUCACUGGCUCCUACCUUACCAACUGGCAAAGCUUUUCCAGGGCUACAGUAAAUUAUUCCCUUCUGGAACAAGUGGAGAUGAGGGGAGGAAUUGUGACUUCAAGGUACAGUUCCUUCCCUGAGGCUUGUCUACACUGUAGGUUAUGUCAGUAUUAACUUAUGGUGCUCAGGGGUGUGAAUAAGCCACUCCCCCGAGCAACGUAAAUAAUACCGAUGUAAGUGCCAGUGUGGACAGCGCUAUGUCGCAGGAGAACUUCUCCUGCCGACACAGCUUCUGCCACUCA